CGGAUCUGGCCUGCAGCCUUGGGCUUGACACCCCUGCUCUAAGGUCUCCUCCAAGAUUAUACCAUCUCCUUAAAGUUCUACCUUGUCUUUUUAAGGAACCUGUUUUGAGUCAUUGAGGUUGUAAUGUUAUGGGUCUAGGAUUGCCCAUUUGACCUGGAGGAGACAUUUAUAUUACUACAAAUCAGAUGUGUGCACAAUUAUCCUGUUCCAUACAGUUAUGCUCUUUAAUAAGAGGACCACAGAAGCAUUUGGCUUUACUUUUAUUGGGCACAACAUCAUGUUUCUGUGUUUGUCUAUAUGUGAUGCAAACCAGUUAUUAACUUCAGAGUAGACCCUGAACUUUUCCCUUUCUAUUGAUUUGAUGAUCACCUCUCUAGUUUGUCAGUGGGAAACAUUGAUAGCCAAAAAGGACAAGAUGAAGCAAGGUAUAGAAUCUUGUUUUCACCUUCCUCAGAUAAAAGAAAUAUUCUUUUCACAAAAGAAAAAUGUUCUCCACAUUCUUGGAAAGACACUUUGCCUUUCUUCUGAGGGUUUACAAACAGGUUGAGAAACUUUAUUGUAAAAAGACUGAUGUAAUGACCAGGAAUGAGAUCAAAGUUAUAGGAAAGAGUGGACUUCACAUAAUUUCACAUUUAAUCUUAUAAAGCUCUCAAUCAAUUUUGAAGAUGAAUGCUGUCAGUCUUAUAAUAGUAUCUGAAUUACAUGAAUUACUUAAGCUAAACAUCAAAGCUCUAUCUCUUACCCUUAUGAUGGAAAGAGAAGAUGCUGCCUCUUUAAGACCAUCCUCCUUUGUAUUCUGUGGCUGCAGGAAGUUUGGCUUUAGGCUGCUAUCCUCGUGUCCAACUACAAAGCAAAGAAAGAGGCACUUUCCUUGUUCGGCUUCUCUGUUCCAGCAGUCACACAAUGAAGCCUUGUUGUGUCAGGAACUCUGCUCUCUGAAUUGGCUUUAACUAGAGAGAUUUGACUUCCCACUCCUAAUUGGAAAUCUGUAGUCCCAUUAGGACAUGGUCCCCAUUGCUUUCUAUAUUUCCCACCCACCCACCCAAUACUAUGAGCAUUUGCCAGGUAGACCGAUAAACCAACAACGUAUUUCCUGAUUGUCUAUACCCGCGGUUGGUCUUCCCCAUCUGAUAUCCUAAUAGGAGUUUCAUCUUGACUCUUAUUUCAAGCCAACUUAAUGAGCCAAAAUCCUGAGUCAGGGCAUCUUGCAUCUGUAAUAAAGAGAAUGUGCUUGAACUCCUCUAGUGGCAUUUGCAGGCUGUCUUACAAUGCGGGCUGCAUAUGCAAAAGUCUGUGUAUGCCACUGUGCAGAUGUAGGGCAAAAUUCUAGAAUGAACUGGCUCUUUCAGCUAUCACAUUCUGCCUCUUCCAUAUGAUAGAUAGGAUGCUCAACUAAGUUCUUAUUUUUCCUAGGAAUCCCGAGGCACCAUGCCUCCUCCAUUUCCUGAACUCGUGCAUUACCAAGCGACCUAACCCCUGAGGAGUGUCAAGAAUUGGAGAAUAUCCGUCGGCGGAAGCAGGAACUGCUGGCAGACAUACAGCGUCUGAAAGAUGAGAUAGCAGAGGUCACAAAUGAAAUUGAGAAUCUGGGCUCCACAGAAGAGAGGAAAAACAUGCAGAGAAACAAGCAGGUGGCAAUGGGCCGGAAGAAAUUUAACAUGGAUCCUAAGAAGGGGAUUCAGUUCCUCAUAGAGAAUGACCUUUUGAAGAAUACCUGUGAGGACAUUGCCCAGUUCCUCUACAAGGGGGAAGGACUCAACAAGACUGCCAUUGGCGACUACCUGGGUGAAAGAGAUGACUUCAAUAUCCAAGUAUUACAUUCUUUUGUGGAGCUGCAUGAGUUUACAGAUCUCAACCUCGUACAGGCACUGCGACAAUUCCUUUGGAGCUUUCGGUUGCCAGGUGAAGCGCAAAAAAUUGACCGGAUGAUGGAAGCAUUUGCACAACGGUACUGUCAAUGCAACCCUGGCGUGUUCCAGUCAACGGAUACUUGUUACGUACUUUCCUUUGCCAUAAUCAUGCUGAAUACCAGUUUGCAUAAUCCCAACGUGAAGGACAAGCCCACUGUGGAGCGCUUCAUCGCUAUGAACCGUGGUAUCAAUGAUGGCGGGGACCUACCUGAGGAAUUACUCAGGAAUCUCUAUGAGAGCAUAAAAAAUGAGCCCUUCAAAAUCCCCGAGGAUGAUGGCAAUGACUUGACGCACACCUUCUUUAAUCCGGACCGUGAAGGCUGGCUUCUGAAGCUUGGAGGUGGCCGAGUGAAGACGUGGAAGCGACGCUGGUUCAUCUUGACAGACAACUGCCUUUACUACUUUGAGUACACCACGGACAAGGAACCGAGGGGCAUUAUUCCAUUGGAAAAUCUAAGCAUCCGUGAAGUGGAAGAUUCUAAGAAGCCGAACUGCUUUGAGCUGUAUAUCCCUGACAACAAGGACCAGGUCAUCAAAGCAUGCAAGACUGAGGCAGAUGGACGUGUGGUUGAAGGAAACCACACCGUGUACCGCAUCUCGGCACCCACUACGGAAGAGAAGGACGAGUGGAUCAAAUGCAUCAAAGCUGCAAUCAGCCGGGACCCCUUCUACGAGAUGCUUGCUGCACGCAAGAAGAAGGUUUCCUCCACCAAGCGGCAUUAGUCCCCUCACCUAACUCUGCGGUGGUGACCUUGGCAGGGGAUGCCUCUCCAUCUCCGGAGGCUGGGGGAACGAGAGGCUGCCCUAGAUCGCCUGCUCUCUGUUGCUGCCUUUAGGAGACCAGCUUCAGCUUUUGCUAUUCUUUUCCUGUUUGGGAGCAGGAAGAAGAAGGGGAGGGGCCACUAAGUGGGUGGCAGCCACCAACUCACUAACUUCUUUCUUAGGAAGAAUGCCAGCUUCUUAUCUUGGCAACCUGAAUCCCACCUGCAUCUUCUGCAGUCCAGAAGAGAGAAAGUGGUUGGAGUCUUUGGGGCUAUCCUAGUUGAUUUGUUCAUUGUGUGAGCUAAUGGAGAGGUAGAGCGCAUCACGCAGUAUGCACCCCUAAGGGGAUGUAACUCUUAUUUUAAUUUGCAGUUGCUACUCUCUAAAGCCCAAGCACCAGGAGUGGACCAUGGACCUUUAAAGGUAUACAUGGAUCUAGAGAGCAGACAUGUUAGCUUUGAAGCCUAGAGAUUCCAGAGACACCUCCUGUUGCCUUUAUUUUUUUUAUUUGUUAGUCGAGCAAGAUUGGUGGCUUCCGUUCCCAAAGCGAUUCAGCCAUGUGGUCUGUUAGGCAUCAUUAGCUGGGAUCCUCUUUCACCUUUUUUAAUAAUUAACCCUAAGGAGUAUGGAGCAAUCAAAGAUGUCUGCUCCAACGCCUGGAUUAGGGGCCUAGGGCAAGGCUGCCAACCUCCAGGAUUUCCACUGCCCUCGUUCUAGAGGGCGCCUACUGUAGGUGGCUCUUGUUAUUGCUGGGAGCCAGUUCACAGGCUUGCAGAAGUGGGGCAGGCAGAUUGUGUGAUUAGUGUUGAUGCUUUGCAGGAAGAUUUGUUUUUUUUGCCAACAAUUUGUGGGGAGUGCCCCACUCAACUGCUGGCUGGGAAAUCUCCACCCUCUGUUUUAUUUAGCGUUGGAAUAAUGGCUCAGAAUAGCGGAGUUUCAGGAAGAAGGGAAUGGGGGAGGGAAACUUCUGAUAAUAAGGAAGGGUAAAGCACACACACACACACACACACACGGAGUGUUGUCUUUCUGACCAGUCCUGUUGCAGUUCUUUUUUGGCAGGGAUGGGGCCCAGGUGAGUUCAUCUGAGGUUGCCCUGGGCCAGUGGAAGCGGUAGCCCUUGACCCUGAGUGAAGCACAAGUAAGCAGUUGGAGAUUAGGGAUUUGGAGCGGGGUGGCUUUGCCAGCUAAUGUUUGCAACUAGGUUUGUAGGGGUGGGGAGGAGAGCCACAAAGAAGACUGCCUUCCUUUGCAAAGUUUUGGGGGAACUCUGGAUAUACCUCCCUCAGUUCUCUCCAAGCCUCUAAACCCAUCUCUCUAUCAGUCUAUUUAUCCGAGAUGUAGAUACUCUCUGUACAGAUUUCUUUCUCCUUGAAAUUAUUUUGUAUUUGUUUUAAAAGAUUGUUUUUAUGAAACACGACAGGAUUCCUGCCUAUUGCUGUAGCACAAGGGGAAAAUGGGGAGAGUGAAAGCUAUUACAGUUACAGUUUUUGGUUUUGAAUCUGUUUUUCAGGGCUGGUUUGGAACUUUCAUUUCCCACAACUUUGUGAUUUAGCACAGAGCACCUGCAGCAAAUAAACAUUGAACUCGCAUUUGGCUCACAUUCAUCUUUGUCUGCUUGUGUUCCUCUGCCAACAGUUAAGCAAAUUUGGUGUUCUGAGGAUUGUCUUG